AUGGCAAAGUUCAAGGUGCCAACUUGGUUGCAGUCCAGUCAGGCAGGUACAAACACGACGGCCGACGCGGAGAAGGAAAAGAAGAAGCAAAACAGACGCUCAUUUAGCGGUUUUGCCCAUCAUACCCGGGCAAAACAAGAAAUGCCAACGAUACAAAAACCCGCGGCUAUUCCCGAAGACCCGAAGACUGAAGCCAAGGCAGAAGCAUCUCGACUCAUAGCUUUGGCAAAAAAGAUUACUGCAGAAGCUGAAAAACUGGAAGAAUAUUUAAAAGAAAACGAUUUGCCGCAGCCUGGGUUUGGUGUCGAUGCCCCGGGUGACUUUCCAAAUCUGCCAUCCGAAAUACAAAAGAGCCGUCAAGAAAUUGUGUACGCGACGCAUGAACUGGGGAAUCUUGUUAGAGGACCACGAGAGAGUGUACGAUGGGGCGUUUGGAGUUUUCUGGACACCCUCUCUCUUCAGAUCAUCAACAACUAUGGCAUAGCUCAACUCGUGCCGCUUGACAAGCCCAUUUCACUUUCAGAACUCGAGACCAAGACCAGCCUAGAUUCCACAAACUUGGCGCGAAUCCUCCGGCAUGCCAUGACAAACUGCAUAUUCUGUGAGCCCCAGCCAGGGCUGAUUGCCCAUACCGCGGCAUCACGCAAGUUGGCUGAGGAUCAUGCACUACAAGACUGGGUGGGAUUUAAUUCCGAGGAUAUCUUCCCCUCCGCUGCAAACGUUCUCAAGUCUCUCAAAGAGCAUCCCGCAGCCACAUCUCUCACGACCACUGGAUUCAACUUUGCCUUUGACACUGUGGAUAAGGAGCCAAUGUUUGUAACAUUUGGCAAAGAUCCAGUACGCGCAAAGCGCAUGGGGGGUGCAAUGGCAAGUUUGACGGGAGGUGAGGGAUAUGAAGUCAGCCACUUUGUCGAUAAUUACGAUUUCUCCCAGGAAGAUGAGCGAGGAGGUACCUUUGUCGACAUCGGAGGCAGCCAUGGAUUUGUGUCUGUGGACCUGGCCAAGAAGUGGAAAAACAUGAAGUUUAUUGUUCAAGAUCUGCCAAAGACAGUCGGCAGCGCGCCGUCGCCAAUCUCUGAGGACGAAUCGGUUGCGUCUCGAGUUCAACUUGAGGCGCACGACUUUUUCAAAGAGCAGCCGGUAAAGGAUGCCGAUGUGUACUACUUCCGAUGGAUCAUACAUAAUUACUCAACCCCCUAUGCUGUCAAACUCCUCAAGAAUCUCGUACCGGCCCUCAAGCCCGGAGCACGCAUCGUCAUCAACGACCACUGUUUGCGAGAGGCCGGCUCAGAAAACCCCUGGGACGAGAAACUCAUGCGAAGCAUGGACAUGAUUAUGUUGACCUUGCUGAAUGCCCAAGAACGUGAGGAACAAGAGUUCAAAGCAUUGUUCAAGGCUGCCGAUGAACGCUUCUCUUUCAAGGGUGUCACACGUACUCCAGGUUGCAGAAUGAGCGUCAUCGAAGCCGUUUGGGAGCCAGAACAGGUUACAGUCAAUGGAACGUCUGCACAAGCCGGCCCAGCUGAAGGUACGGAGUGA